AACAGCAGCAUCAUUUUAUUGAGCAUGAUAAAAUCUUAUUCAAAUGUCGGCGAUAUCACCUUUUAUUUACCGUAUACCUUUGAAAGUUUGCAAGCAAUUUCAGAACUGUUGGAGAGUAAAGUAUCAAUGUUCCCAUCUUUAAAAACAGCAAUGGAUAUUUUAAGAAGUAACAAGACGUUACGUAUUAUUGGUGUAAAUAAAUUUUUUCAUAUUCGUAUUACUGAUAUGCUACGAACAGAAAAUGUCUGUUUCGUACACGACUUUGCUUCCGAAAUCGACGAAUUCAGACUGUUAUAUACUUGUUGGAGAAUGUUUGAUGCGAAGUACGAUCAAAUAUUUUAUACAGACGUGUACUUGAAUUGCAAAGAAGCAACAAUAGACACACUCGUAUCUCGCCCAAUUAAUAAACCUUUAGACGAGAAGAGUAUCUUCGAUAUCACCUACAAAUGGCCCAUGAACAAACUUAGUGAGAAGAAAUCUCUAAGAUAACUCAUGGAACCUUUCUUAUCAAUAAUCAGAUUUUUGACAAUGGAAAAUGAAAUUUUUGAGUCAGAUGAUUUUUUACUCGUCUUGACUGAAAAAGAACUGGAAGCAAUAAAGCUGUUUUUCGUAACAGACAAUUUGUCGUGUGUCCCUGACAAUAUUUCCAAGUCCAUAAA